AUGGCUUAUAGAAUAGGAUUUCCUUUUGGAGUUCAAACACAGCCUUUUGCAACCUUUGCUAACCUAAAUAUCAUCAGCACUGGUAUUUUAUACCGUAUCAUUUUGAAGAAGAAGUUAAGUGAAAUUCAGUGGGCAGCUUUUAUUUUGUUAUGUGCAGGAUGCACAACGGCUCAGCUGAAUUCCAAUUCUGAUCAGGUUCUUCAAACUCCAAUCCAAGGUUGGCUGAUGGCCAUUGUUAUGACACUUCUAAGUGGCUUUGCUGGGGUGUACACAGAGGCUAUUAUUAAGAAACGCCCUUCAAGAAAUAUUAAUGUGCAGAAUUUCUGGUUAUACAUAUUCGGGAUGGUUUUUAAUCUAAUUGCAAUUUGCGUCCAGGACUAUGAUGAAGUUAUGAGCAAAGGAUUCUUUAAUGGUUAUUCCUUCAUUACAGUUUGUAUGAUUUUGAAUCAUGCACUCAGUGGGAUUGCAAUUUCAAUGGUUAUGAAAUAUGCUGAUAACAUUGUAAAGGUAUAUUCCACUUCAGUCGCAAUGCUUCUAACGGCCAUUGUGUCAGUGUUCCUUUUUCGCUUUCAUCUGUCACUCGCCUUCUUCCUCGGCUCCACGGUUGUUUCCGUCUCUGUGUACUUGCAUUCAAUUGGGAAACUACAACUGCAAAAGUGA